AUGACAAAUGUACUUAUCUUAGGUGCUACCAGAGGGCUAGGAGCCUCAUUGCGAUCACUAUACUCUACCAAACCGGACACCCACGUCUUCGCAACAUCACGAUCAUCAACAGAACCAAGCCCAGGAGUGACAUGGCUGACCGGAAUAGAUGUCUCUCAGCCAGAUGUGGGACAAAAGCUAGUCUCCCAGCUUCCCUCUACCAAGAUCUCAACUGCGAUUAUCACUGCGGGCUACUUUGGCUUUGAAACGUUCGAUUCCCCAGAUUGGGAGAAGCAAGUCCAGAUGUACACAACUUCAGCUAUUGGUCCGGUCUUUGUGGUACACAACCUAGUCAAGGCCGGACUACUGGACCAAGGCAGCAAAGUGAUAUUGGUCAGCAGUGAAGGAGGUAGUAUUACCUUGCGUCACGAGAAAGAAGGUGGCGGCAACUUCGGUCACCACGCUAGCAAGGCUGCGCUGAAUAUGGUGGGGAAGCUUCUGAGCUUGGACCUGAAGCCCAAAGGCAUCGCGGUGGGGCUGGUUCAUCCGGGUUUCAUGCGAACAGAGAUGACCAAGAGUGUUGGCUUUGAUAAGUACUGGGAUGCGGGUGGAGCUGUCACGCCGGACCAGGCCGCUGAAACACUAGCUUCCUUUAUCGAUGAGUUUAAUAUUGAGAAGACAGGGGAGUUCUGGGCACCAGCAGGACCAAGGGAUAUUGGCACGGCAGAAGAUGUUCUGGGAAAGAAUCUGUCAACCCCAUUGCAGCUUCCAUGGUAA